CCACCUCAGAAUCUCAAUCAACCAGUCAAACUGAUGCAGCAACAUCCGAGCCUGCUGGUUCUACCUUGGUAUCUGUAUCAACGGGUCCAACUGAAUCAGUUACACCAACCGCUGCAGAGACCACUUUGCCAACUGAACCUACAGGUUCUACAGAUACAGUAACAACUGAGCCUACCGGUACCACCUCAGAAUCUCAAUCAACCAGUCAAACUGAUGCAGCAACAUCCGAGCCUGCUAGUUCUACCUUGGUAUCUGAACCAUCCACAACACAAACAACUACACAACCACCCAUACCAUCAACCAAACCAUCAACUGACCCACCAACCACAUCACCAACACCACCAACUACCACAGCAACAACUCAAACAACCAUUCGACCAAUCAUCACAGUGGAGCCCCUUGUUUGCCAAAAUGGGGGACACUUCAAUGGCUCCAUCUGCAUAUGUCUUGGUGGAUAUAAUGGAAUCUAUUGUGAAUUUGUUGACACUAUUGAGCCAGAUAUAUUUAACAGGUCAGUCAUUGUUAAUGUGGUGAUCGAUCAGGAAUUCAAUACAAAAUAUGAAGACAAAACGUCACCUGAAUACAAAACCUUUGUUGGAGAUUUCACCGACCAGAUGGAAACAUAUUACCAUGGAAAGAACCUAUCAAACUUUAAAGAAGUGGUGGUAACUAGUGUGAGCCGUGGAGCCACUUUGGUCAAAUUAUCAGAUAACACUGUGGAAGAGAUGAGAUUAUCAUCUGAAGUUAUACCUAUCUACAGUAUCGCACCAAGAGCAGAAGGUGUUAGCGUCACACAUGAAGUGGUUUUGGCAAUUCCAAACAACGUCAACUCUGACCUUGUAUAUGACGAUGACUUUAACGCAGUUGAGGAUGCUCUUCAAGGGCUUAUUGACUGCGAAAAUUGUCCUUUCACCGUCAUAGCUCCGCCCAUACUUAAUAAAACAGAGGUGGAUUUGCAAUCUCUCUGUGAAAGGUUUGUGGAUAAUGCAGAUGUUGCUGAAUUCUACGAACCUGUGAAUGUCACUGGAAAAAUCGCGUGUGUGACUGUAUGUAACAUAUUACAUACAAGGUUUAAAUUAUGUCAAAAUGAAGGAGUCUGCAGAAUAUACAGCAACGUUGGACCUCUUUGCCAUUGCCAACAUGUGGAGUCCACUUGGUACUUGGGCGAUGACUGUAACUUCCCGAUACACAAAAUUCCCUUCUUCAUAGGAUUAUCUUUGACCCUAUGUUGUCUGUUGUUGACUGUGAUAGGCUUAACUCUAGGCCUACUGGUCACCAGACACAAGCAACAAUUGAAGAGAGACUUUAAAGAAACGCAGGUGAAUCAGUGGAUUAGUGAGGACUUUCAGUGGUCCAGAGCCAACACUAACACUUUUACAUCUACUGCUGGAGACUACAUAAACCGUUCAUUCACACAUGACAUGGAUCCUGACAGCAGACGGUCACAAAGAGCACACGGAUACAAUGCUCCAUCUUCUACUGCUGGAAACUCCCAGUCUUCCAGCAUACCGCUGAGAGACUUCCCAUCCAACCAGUCGAUGAGGACGUGGGACGUCUGAGCAGCGCCCUGAAGUCUCAACUUUCUUUCUAAAUAUGUUUUGAUUAUGAUGACUUACUGAUGAAUACUUGCUAUUAUGUCUUUUUGCUGCUUAUUAUAAACACCUAAAAUGCAUCAGUUAUAAUUUCUAUUUAUAUACAUCUAAAAUGCAGCAGAUAUAAUAGUUUUAUAUAUAUAUAUAUAUAUAUAUAUUUAUAUACUAGAUAUUUAAAUAAUUGCUUGAUUUAUUUAUUUAUUUCUUAAACUGACAGCAGGACAGUGCUUUAUGUAUGAGUCUAUUAUACAGCCCUGUCAUAAAAUCUACCUUUAUGAAUCUUGUGACACUGUGUCAUGGAGGAAGUGAUUCCCCUCUGUGCUCAUUUUAUCAUCCGACUUUAAAACCCCCAGUGAAGACUCCACAUGUGACUUUGCACACAAUAACUUUGAUGUUUCUCCAACCGCUGAAGUUUUUGAAAUGUAAACGUUUUGAGUACAUUAGCUGCCCACUGCUCCUAGUACUAGACUUCUGGUACUAGGAUGGGUUAAAAGCAGAGAACAAAUUUCACUGUGCGGUGUGCUCUGCAUGUGUGACCAUUAAAAAGAGGUGUUCAUCCCUCCGAUUCUAAUUCUACUGAGUGUUGCAUUGUUGGAGCAGCCUGGGAUUUAAGAUUUCCAUUGCCAGCAACUUGAAGAAGCUGAAAUUAUUAUUAUUAUUAUUAUUAUUAUUAUUAUUAUUAUUAUUAUUAUUAUUAUUAUUAUUAUUAUAUAAUGUAACUAUUGUCCACUGAACUAGUGAUUUAGUUUUAUAUUUUUUUCUGUUUUUGAG